AUGAUAGUCGAACAAGAACAGCACGAGUCGCCUGCGGUGAAUGAUAUCUGCGAUGCCGUCCUUCACAACUUGGCAGACCAACAUGACUGGACUUCCCUGGAGCUCCGCGAUGGACCAGAGCAGCCUCGACCUCUGAUCAAAGGCCUGCCGCCCAAGCGGCUGUAUUUACACCCUGACGACCAAAUUGCUGCCCUUGCCCAUGAAGAAGCCACUGGCGAGAAACUGUUCCAAAACCCAGAAUAUGUACUGGUCUUAGCAGUGCAUAUCAAUGAGAGAUGGACCCUAGCCAAGUUUGCGGCUGUUUUCGAUUCGAUACCGAGCGACGACGCACAGCCAAAGAGGAUUUUGUUCGCCACUCUUCACAAUGACUCCACCGUGGUUUACUACUGGAUGCACGAAGGGAUGGUGAAGCCUCGCCAAAACUGA